UCCACGCUGAGAGGGUCACGGUCCAGGGAUGGGCAGCAAGCACUGAGGGUCACUCUGAGAGAGAGAGAGAGAGAGUGAGAGGAAGAGAGAGAGAGAGAACAAGCAAGCUGAGCAGGACGCUAACACAGUGAACAAGGGAGAAUGGUGGCCGAGGAGGUGGUCGUCAGCCUGUCUGGGGGAGCGCCGUGGGGCUUUCGGCUCCAGGGGGGAGCUGAGCAGGGCAAAGCUCUCCAAGUAGCCAAGGUAAGGAAGCGCAGUAAAGCCUGCCGUGCUGGUCUGCGGGAGGCUGAUGAGCUGCUGGCCAUCAAUGAGCUGUCAUGUGGAGAACUCUCUCACGCCCAGGCCAUGAACCUGAUUGACAAUGGCAGAGGAACCCUUCACCUGCGUGUCAGAAGGUCCCCUGGCCUCCAGUCCCUGAUGCUCCUCGGCCCCUCCUCCACUCCCCACAUGGACGAGGCGUACCGUGCGGCGCUGCAGGCCCUGUCCCCUCCGCUGUCCUCCAUGGCUCUGCGCGGGGGCUCGGGCUGCAUCACGUCCCCGCCGGACAGCGAGGCGUACUACGGCGAGACGGACAGCGACGCCGACGUGGUGGCCCAGGAGCGCCAGCGCCGCCAGAAGCGCCGCAGCCCCAGCAGCUCCCCCGCCAAGCCGCCGCACCAGGAGGAGGAGACCUCGGAGAUGAGCGGCUACGAGAGCGCGCCCGACGCCAGCGGCUACAUGAGCCAGCUGCAGCACCGCUGGGCCGACAUGCAGAGCCAACCUCCCCCUCAGCACCAGCAGCACCAGCAGCACCAGCAGCAGCAGCAGCACCAGCAGCACCAGCAGCAGCAUCAGCACCAGCAGCAGCAGCAGCAGCAUCAUGUGCUACCGGGCGUGGCGCGCAGGGAGGUGGUCUACCAGCCGCCGCCGACCGAGUGGGGGCUCCAGGAGAACGCGGGCCAGAACUCGGGCCAGAGCAGCCCAAACGACAGCCAGGGGGCGGGGGAGGGCGACAGCGGCUUCCAGGAGGCUCCGGCUGUGAAGCCCCCGCCGCUGGUGUCUCCUGAGCGGGCCAGAGAAGCCCUGAUGCUGGCCUCCUGCAGGCAGCUGGUGCCCAUGGUGGGGCCCUUGGAGACGCCUAUGGACGACGAGCUCACAGCCACCUACAAGGACAAAGCCAGACAGGCCAAACUGCACAGAGGUGAGAGCGGGCAGGAGAAGCAGGUGAAGGAGGCACGCACCAAGUGCCGCACCAUCGCCUCCCUGCUGACCGACGCGCCCAACCCCCAUGCCAAGGGUGUGCUGAUGUUCAAGAAGCGCAGACAGCGCGCCAAGAAGUAUACGCUUACCUGCUUCGGCAGUGCAGACGACGCCAGUCUCUCCCGCAGCGAGACUGAAGACGAGGAGGAAGAAGGAAGCAGCUUCCCUGGCAGCGAGUCAGAGCUAGAAGAGGAAGGCUUCUUCGCCUCCACCGAGCCAGACCCGGUCUGGGACAGUGGCUACCUGGACCUACUGGACAGAAGGUCCUCAGCCUACAUAGGAGAGUUUGACAGUGUCCAAGAGAGCAGCCCAGGGCUGAAUAUGUCGGGGAAGGGUGCUCAGCUAUUUGAACAGCAGAGGCAGCGGGCAGCAAAGCCUGUUGCACCACCGCCCGUUGCGGCGAAGCCUGUCAUGGCAAAGCCGACCGCAGCGCCGCUAUCACUCAUGUCUGAUGAGCAGCUGGCAGAGAUGACCGCAGAGAUGCCCCCAGCUCCUCCAGCCUACACAGCUCCGCCGAUGACUAUGAACUCGGGCUUGGUGAACGGAGAUUCAACGGUGGUGAGCCGCACCAGCGUGGUACUAACUCCUCCAGGCCAUGCAAUGUCAAUGCCAGGCGGUGGGCCUGAUACCAUGGACUCACAAGCUGGCACCAAUGUCCACAACCGGACCGCCAAGCCGUUUUCCCCUGGCUGCGUGACCAACCGGGCCGCCACUGCCCCUGUGGUAUUCCGGCCCAGUCCUGCCCGGAAGGCGGUGUCUGUAGCCAACAUGCCAGCAGCCUUCUCUUCUUCUUCCAGCGGUCCAGAGGUGAAGCGAGCAGUCUCCUCUACCUCCCUCUACAUCCCCGCCCGGCCCGCCACCGUGAGCGGACCUCCCUCGGCAGGGGCGUCUCCGCUCUCUCCACGCAACUCCGUGUCUGUGGCCUCCUUCCCCCCUCCGGCCCCACAUCCAGCUCCUCAUUCUGCUCACCAGGCUACUUAUUCAGCUCCUCAACAGGCUACUUAUUCGGCUCCUCAUUCUGCUCCUCCCCAGGCUCCUCAUUUUGCUCCUCACCAGGCUGCUCGUUCUGCUCCUCAGCAGGCUACUUAUUCAGCUCCUCACCAGGCUCCUCAUUCUGCUCCUCAGCAGGCUACUUAUUCAGCUCCUCAUCAGGCUCCCUACCAGGCUCCUCAUUCUGCUCCUCACCAAGCUCCACAUUCUGCUCCUCACCAGGCUGCUCGUUCUGCUCCUCAGCAGGCUACUUAUUCAGCUCCUUCUGCUCCUCCUGCCUUCUCCCAGGCCCCUGUGCAACUCCCAUCCUAUAACCCACCUCCCCCUACCAUGAGCCAGCCCUAUUCUCCUCCCUCAACCAUGGCUGCUGCACCAUUCUCCCCACCAGCUCCUCAUGCUGCCCCCUACUCUCCUCAAGAGGCUCCAGCCUACUACCCUCCUCAGUCCAUGCCCUACUCUGCUCCUGCUCCUCCUCCUGUGCCUGCAAAACCAUUAUACUCCUCACCUCAUUCCCAAGCUGCACCUUUCUCCCCCCCUCAACAAAACAUGCCCCUCUCACCUCCUUACCAGCCGAGUGCCCCCUUCCCUCCUCCUUCUGCCAUGUCCAUGUCCUACUCCCAACCUCCUGCCAAUGUAGCCUCCACUUACCCCCCAGCUCCUGUGUCUGCUCCUUAUGCGCCAUCCCAGCCAGUUCCUGCCUCCCUCUCAAACCUGCAGCCACCACCCACAGCUCCAAAAGUGUCCUUCAACCCCUACGUUGAUGUGUCCGCGUCGCCUCAGCCUCCCGCCGUCCCGUCUCCUCAGCCAUACCAGGUGGCGGGCGGGGGGCCGGAGGAGCUGGCGUCUAGAGAGCAGAGGAUCGCCGUGCCAGCGGGCAAGACCGGCAUCUUGCAGGACGCCCGCAAGCGCAGUAGUCGCAAGCCCAUGUUUAGUGCCCCGGAGGAGAAGAAAGGCCUCUCUCCAAACCCGGCGCUGCUGAACAUGGUGCAGAACCUGGACGAGAGACCCCAGGGUGACCCCGGCUUCGAGUCUGGCCCCGAGGAGGACUCCCUCAACCUGGGCGCAGAGGCCUGCAACUUCAUGCAGCGUGGGAGAGGCGGCAAGCACCAUCCUCCACCUGUGGCUCCCAAGCCGUCCCGCGCUGCCACCGCUCCACCACCCCCGCCCUCCCUGCAGACUGGAGGCAAGGGGGCCGAGCUGUUCGCACGCCGGCAGAGCCGCAUGGAUCGCUACGUGGUGGACAAGCAGCAACCGCACCCGAUGUCCCCUGCCCUGCCCCGCGAUCCCUCCCCCACCCCAUCUCUCCCCUCCCACUGGAAGUAUUCCCCCAACAUCAGGGCCCCUCCUCCCAUCAACUACAACCCCCUGUUGUCCCCCUCCUGCCCCCCCGUUGCCCAACGUGCCCCCAGGGUCUCCGAGGCCCCUCGCGUGGCCCAGAAACCGGGCUUGAGACCUGUGGACUAUAUGAACCGCCAGCCCUACCAGCUCAACUCGUCCCUUUUCAGCUACGGGGGCGGAGUGCCUCAGCUGCCGCAGCAGCCACAAGGCGCCUCUCUCACCACACCCCGACAGGUGCCAGUCAAGGCGGCACGCGUCUACGAGAUCAAGCGCUUCUCCACCCCCACCCCCAUGUCGGCCCCUACCUCCCUGACCCCAACCGUCAUCGUGCCGCGCUCGGCUACCACGUUGGCCGAGCCCAUCUGGAGGUCUGAGGCGGCGUCACCCCCACUUCGGGCCCCGGCACCCGCCCCUUACACCCCAGCACCCGCCACCUACAACCAGGCCCCCACCCCGUACUCCCCUACUGCUCGACCCCCGCCGCCCUCAGUGACCCUCCCCGCACUGCCCCACUUCCAGGGCUCGGCCCACGCCCCGGCUCCCGCUCAGCCGUACGGCGCCCAGUUCCAGGCUGGCAAGCAGUUCAAGAGUGCCCCUGAGCUGAGUCCCCUGUCGGUGAACCCAGCCAUGCGCUCCAGCAGCACCCAGCCCCUCAGGGUGCCCCGGCCACGCUUCAGCACCUCCAAUGCUGGCCUGCAGCCCAACGUGUGGAGACCCGGCUCCAUGAUCCACUAAGGGAGCCAGGGAGGAAGACCGAAGGAGCAGUAGCACAGAGGAAACAUCUAGAAUGUGAUCCAUACAUGGCAUGAUGUGCUACUAUCACUUUUUUUCUGACAGUAAUUGAUAUACAGUAAUGUUUUGAUUCACUUAUCUAACUCAAAGUGAUCAGUCACUUGUAGCAGUCUCUUUAUCAAAAGUUCAUUUAUCAGUGAGUAACAAUUUCAUGUUUGCAGUGACCAGAUUCUCUACAAUAUACAUAUAUCAUUAGAUUUAAACUGCUCUAGAUUUUAUGCCAUUAGAUUUAAACUCUGUAAACUUCACUGGCACACAAAUGGCAAUGCUGAAAGAAAAAUGUGUUAUUUUAAGCGUUCACUUAUAGAUUUGAACACAUGUCAAGUCAUGGUAAUGUUUAUGGAAAAGCAUUGUGGAAAGGUUAAGCAUUCUACAGUAAUGUAUCCUUCAAGGAAUGGUUGCAUUUAAAAGCACAGUAGAUUCACUUUUUAUUGACUAAAAGGCUUUAUGUGUGCACUCUGUUCUACAAUUAAUGUUGUUUAAACACACAAACAAUUUAACACGUUGUCAUUUGUUUUUUGUUUGUUCAAACAUUAUUGUAUUCUGUCUUUUGCUACCUAGAUGUUCUGCUGCGUAUAAUUGUAUAGCUUGCAUAUUGUGUUAUUUUCCCUAGCCUUGGCUAACAUGAUGGAUUCAGUGGUUUUCUUUAUUUCAUGGCUCCCUGAGUUUGCUCUGGAUUGUUUAUGGUUCUUUUGAGCUUCUAUUUGUCACUGCCAGAGAUGCAGCUUCUGUUCAAAUCCUUGUUGCUAUUCAGUCUCACAGAUGCAGUGUAUGUCUAUGCUGUUUUAUAGGGACACCAGACAACGCCAUGAAUUUUAUGUUCUAUUUCUGAAGUUCUGUGAGAUGUAUAACUUUGGUGGUGAGAAAUGUGUAUGUUUUGGUAAUAACUGGGGCCAAGCAGAGGGAAAAACAAGUGAAGACAAACAGCAUCAUCAAAGACGAUGGUGAUGACAAGGUAGUUCUUUUAAAAAAAGCAUUAGAUGAAAUGUGGAAGAGGGAAAAACAAGUGCGAAGGAGUAAAAAUAGACCACAGUGUGUCCCGGAGAAGCAGGUCGAGAGGAGAUGUGCGUGACUUGUGUGUCAUGUUUUUUCUGUUGCUCAGCCUUCUGUGUCUGCCAGUUCACCUGCGCUCACCUCCUCCGCCACUUUAAUGAAAGCAGUGACAGAUGAACAGACGCUCAGAUCAAUGAAAUAAUGAAUCUGUCCCUGGCAGUGACAGCGAGCCACUGACUCUCUCAAAGCCCCUGGUGUCUAGCGGCAGAAUGAAUAGAAAGCUCAACGCGGUGGCGUUACAGAAAGGAUACAGUUUUUUUUCCACCAGGUGAGAUAGAAGCUGCUGUACAUAAAAGGAACACAAAAAUGUACGUGCACUAGAAUGGACGAGGAACCGGAGACGGGAGAUAUAUUGAGAUAUGCAAUUAUCUUUACUCUAAUGUGUUUUGAAUUAUUUAUUGUCUAUGUAGGAUGGCCCAAUGGCUGUGCGUGGCCAGGGGCGGGGGGGGGUCUCGUUUCCACUUGUAUUGCCCCGAGAGCGGAACCCCAGGAGGCCUGUUACAGUAGCACCCUGAGCUCCUCUACGAGCUCCAGAGGGACUGGUGAAGCAGGAGAGUGUGACUGUGACAGACAGGCACACAUCACCUGGGCUUGGCCAUGGCUGAUGAGCCCACACGGCAGCCCAUUUCACUGACCUUUUCAGAACGAAUCCUGUGAGGUACAGUACGGACUCAGUGAGAAUAUGGUUGAGGACUGGCUAGAAUAGUUUUCUGGCUUUUAUAAUGAAAGAGAUAGCCUACUGUUAUGGGUUGAAAGCAGGUAAUAGGAAUUUAGAAAUGAAAGUAAAGCUGAUCACCGCAGCUUUGCAGAUUGCUAGGUACACCAUGGCGGAGUCAGUGCCUUGCUGCAUGCAGGGAGAGAAUUAAAGACAAUGUACCUUAGAGCAUAGAGGUGCAGCUAGUUUUUCCUAUGUUGUAAACAUGUUUGUUUUUAACAUGGUUUCUUGUGUCAUUUGCUUUCACGUGUUCAUGUCAUUUGUAUAGUUGCUUUUCAUGUUUCAUGUAUUAUUUUAAAUUCACUUCAUACCAUGGUUGACAAAAAUGGCAACAUGAUCAAGUUUUUUUUAGCUUUUUAUAGGUGGCUGAAAUAUAGUUGAAUUGUAACAGAUCAGGAGCAAGAUAAUGCUAGUGAAAAAAUAGGUUGUUGUUUUAAUGUUGGUGGUAUAGGACAUACUUGUUCUUGCCUGGGAGGCUGGGUUUUGGGUAUGGAGAGUCCAAGAAGAAUAAAAAUAGAACUGAAUUCC